UCUGAGAAACGAAAAUGAGGUAAGCAUGUUUGCGCAACUCGUCGAGGUGAGGAGAGAAGGGACUAGGAUGUAGUGAAGGGAAUUUCCGUUUUCAAGGUUGUAAGUUCACUCGAAGAUGGUUCUUACUGUUGACGACGUGCAAAAUUAUAUUUCUCGUUUCGAGAAAGCAAUCAAAGACCCGCGAAAGCUUGCUCUGAAGAAGCUAGACAUAGCCAAGCUGUACCGAGAAGCAAGAAAUUAUGAGCAAGCAAAGCAGUAUGCCAAAGAGUAUGUCAAAAUCAACUCAAGUGACCACAGGGCAUACAAUUUCCUUGGAAUUGUCUGUGAAGAUCUUACAGAAUGGGAUGAGGCAUUAAAAUACUACAAAAAGUCGAUCGAGCUACAACGCACCCAGAAGGACAUCCUGAUAAAAAUUGUGGAGAUGUAUUCUAAGCUGGUGCCAGAGGACAGACAGAUUGCCCAGGUCUGGGCUGACAGAGCAGAACAGGUGGUUCCGAAUCACCCUGCUAUUUUCAAUCUAAAGUGGCAACUUUUAACGACCUUGCCAGAGAAGGAUUAUGAACAAAUUGAGGAUUUGCUGGCGCAGAAUUUGAUGAGAAAUCCAAGAGAUCCGAGUCUUCAUGUUAAACUACUGGAAAUUUAUAUGGACAAAGGUGAUUACAGAGAGGCGUACACGCAUUGUCGUUCGUUGCUCAAUAUCCAGCUAUUCAAAGACUGCAAAGAACUGUUAAUGGGCGCAGUUGAAGCGAUUGAGCUAUUUCGAGACGUUACUGAUGAUGCAAGGGAGGCCGCUGAAGCACUUAUGGCACAUAUCCAGGUUCUGUGCUAUUUGGUAAACACAACACUUAAGACAUCACAGCUUCAAAGCAUUAAAGAUGCCUUUUACAGGCUAGAUGAAGCCGUAGGAAAAUCGUUCAAUUUCGAUUCGUCUAAACUGCCCAAUCUAACGAAAAGCGAACUUGAUGUUUUCCUCUCAGAAGCCAGGGGGCAGGUUUACCAUCACCUCGCAGCACUACUCUAUAGAGUGGCUCAGGAAGGUCAAAUGUCCUGGGCCACUGCGUCAAGACUGGCAUGUGUCUGUUUUGUCGUCUCUUCGUCGAUCCACGAGCCAAAUACAGAAGUGGCCUGGUUGCACCAAAAAAUGCCCCAGGAAAGCCAGAAAAUGAUUUGGCAUUCAAUGGCAUGUCUCCGCUUGUGCCAGACAGAUCAUCUGAUUCUGUCGUUGGAAAAAGAGCAUGGAGAAGAAUGGAUUUUGGCAGCUGUUGCUGAUAUUUGCACUGAGGCUGGGAAAAGAGUGUUGAUUGAAAGCGUCUAUGGAGACAUGCGAGUUCCCAAAAAGUCAUUUCUUCUGAUGGAUAAAGAGUUUUCCACCGCUGAAUUUGAACUUCCUAGCCCGGAACGUUUGCAGAAAUACGAUGAAGUUGCUGUAACUGAAAAUCCGAACAAUUUGAGCCUUACUGUUUGGAUCGGGAUGAACUGGCAUUUCAUUGACAACCCACUCAAAACUGAAGCGCUAACAUUCGUCAACCAAAUGUUUGAAGAAAUUCAAUUUGACGUCGACGAUUUGAAAAAUUGUUCGCCUUUUACCCUGUCUUCCUUGGAUCUCGAGGUUUUUGUCAAAGCCGUUGUGUAUACAGCCGUUGAUAAGUUGAUAUUCAGUGAGCGAGAUAACAAGAGCCAAUUUGAGCCUUUGCUGAUGCCACCAGUCAUCGGUCCUCCCUUAUGUACAAGCUCACAAGCUGAAUGGUGGGAUGCAGCAUUCCGGCUGCACACAGGGAAGACUUGGCAAGUCAGCACAUCCAAGCUGAAGUCUAUUUUGCAACGAGGCCUUGAAGCAGUACGGUUAGUUGGUAAUCACGGUGUAGACCCUGUAAUACUCAAGCACAUUUCCGAAUCCUUCUUUUCAAAGGCUGAUGAAAUUCUAAGUACACGUGAUAACGCGUGGAGAAACCAACUUCAGCUAGAGUGCUUUAGAAGACGAGGCUAUCACUUUGGAAACGAGGCAUUACGAAUAUUGGAAAUAAAUGAAGGGGACCGUGACGUGGCACGACCCAAAGCCCCUUUGAUUCCACCUUUGCUCAAGGAGAUUGACGACAAAGAAAGAAGUGAAAUGAUCGAGAGUUUGCGAAUGAUGCUAGCUGAUGCCUCUUUUCGCGAUGAUGCCCCAUCUGAUGCCUUGAAUUACCUAAAUGGACUUUUUACUGCUGAUGCUGCAUACAAACAAGCACAGAUUUUCCGAGACUUGGCCUCGAAAGAAAAUAUAAAGAAUGUGGAAGGACUUAGAAACCACUUAUCGUUUCUUCGCAAAUCAAGAGAAAAAUUGCAGACAUGCCUUGGAAGACUGGACAAAGCCCAGAUGAUUUUCCGGGAAGGUGUAGAAGCAGAGAUCGAAGAAAUCAGGGAUGCGAUUUCAGAGCAGAGUGGUAUCUCGUCAGCACCAAGCAAGGUUCUGGAUUUGCGGUAUUCAUCCGCCGAUGAAGAUGAGCAAGAAGAUUACCCAGAAGAUGACAAGGAUGAUGCAACAACAGCAACGGAAUCCAAAUUAGUGUUGGAAAACUCAAUCCUCCAUGAGCAACUGGCCGUGAGAAAUCACGAAUUUUCCGUCCUUGCAGCACGAAUCCAUAAGCUCGAGCGAGAAAUGUCUGACAUGCGAGCAAACCAAUCUGGAAAUGAGACUGUUAUCAAACCGAGACGAGACCAUUCCGUAAACACUGACGAGAGUUCAUCUUCAGUUGCAUAUGUACCAAAAGAUGAUGUGACCUCGGGAUCAGGCAAUCUGACGCCAAGGCUGGAGCCUGAAAUGUCAUGGGAUCCAUUCUCACCUGCACCAGUGUUUCCAGUUGGGUUCUUUUCGGGUCUUGCUGAGACAGUAGAGAAAAUAGAGGAAGAGCCUGAGUUAGAGACGCGAGAAGCUGUAGAAAUUGGCGGGAAUGCCCAAGAAAAAAGUGUGACAGAAGAGAAGUCUAGUCCUGGCAAGUCGGCUAGGGAAGAUGCAUCACCCGGUGAAGGUGAAGACUCGUACAAUGACACACUUCAUGUUGAGCCCGUUGUUAGUCUGAUAAAGAAGUCUGAUGUCACGACUGGGGAAGAAAAUGAGGACGUUGUCUUCAAGGAGUUUGCUAAAAUUUAUCGAUUGAGCGAAGGACAAUGGAAAGAAAGAGGCAUUGGUUUCAUCAAGAUAUUGAAGAAUAGAGAAACAAAGAAGACAAGAAUACUCAUGAGGAGAGACAAGGUUUUCAUUGUUUGUGCUAAUCAUUUUCUAACUUCUGACAUGACUCUUACCAAGAAGCAAGGCUCCGCUACUACAUUUAUCUGGUACACUGCGGCUGAUUCAAGUGAGGAAAAUCCCCAGCCAGAAACCUUUGCCAUUCGUUUUAAAACUGAAGAAUCUGCAAAUGAAUUUUCAAAGGCCUUUGAGAACAACAGGACUCCAGUAACUGGAGACGCAAAUAAUUUGAGCACAGAUGUUGAAGUUGACGAGCAAAAUGUGUCGCUAGAAAAAUCACACGAUGAAGCCACUGAAAAGAGUAGCAGCGAAAAACCAAUUGUUGAAGUACUCGAGGUCGAUGGCAAGCAAGCUGAAAGUGGUUUUUCCAAGUUUGAUGCUACAAAAUUCACAUUCAAAUUUGGUCAAAAUUCUAGUAAAGAAGGUGCUCAAGCUAGUGAGCAAACAUCACAAGGCUCUGCAGAAAAAGUUGCUGUUGUGUCUACACCAAAAUUGGACUUUGGACCCGCCGGAAGCAAACCGACCACAAAUUACUCUUUUGGUUUUGAUCCAUCAAAAAUCAAAUUUGAUUUUGGGAAAUCCCCCGCUGCAACCAGCAACCCCGAGAAUAAAGAAGUAACAAGCACGCCUGAUAACCCUUUCUUAGCAGCUUUGCAGAAUUCUUUUGUGUCAUCAACCUCACCAGGAUCUUUGAGUUUUGGAAGGCCAGAUGAUGCAAAACCAAGCAACUCGCCUUUUACCGUGUCCCCAUUUGCAUUACAGCAGGAUUCGCCGAAAGCCUCUACCCCAUUAACGGCUAAUGCAAGUCAAAUGCAGAAACAAGUUGCUUUCCCAUCGAAUUUCAACACUCAGGAUGGACAAACUAGUGACCUGAUGCCUGGCGAUUACAUAAAUGCUGCGGUGCAAAGAGGCACUCAGAAUGCCAACCAAGGGCCUGGGAUGGCAUCAGGACAUGCUGCUGAGCAGGGACGGUUCCUUCAGGGUGACUGGGAAACAAUGCAGGACAGGUAUUAUCAAGAUGCAGCAUACGAUGGCAGUAACCAGUACUACGAUGAUUGGGGGCAUCCCCAAAAUGAUUAUUUCUACUAUGACGGAGAUUAUUACAAUGGAGACGACUUUUAUUACGGAGAAGAGAACUCGUAUUAUGCCAAUGGCGAUGGGGACUUUGAGUUCUAUGACCAGGAGCCGCAAAGAAAUAUACCAACUGCAGACAGUGAUUCGAACUCAGAUAGGCUGACACCGCAGAAUAUAGAAGGAGGGGAACAUGUACCUCACGUGGUACAAAUGAUCGAUGAUGACAUAUUUGUCACUUUUGUUAAAAAAGCAAGUUUCGCCAAUCGUGCUAAGGCUGCCCGUCUGCAGCUUCCGUCGACGUUUUUUGCUCCAAGUUCAUAUCCGCCUUGCUCCGGAUGCAGAGGAUGUGACGAUAAGAAAACAAAAUUGAAAGAACAUGUCACAAAUAUGCCUCAACAGACGCCAGCAAGUGCUAAAGGGUUAGCUGCUGCCAUUGGCGAUGAAACGAACAAAACAACCUUUAGCAUUGGAAAAGAAAGCAAGCUUCUCUCAUUUGCAGAUUUAGUAGGAGGCAAUAAAGAAGGCAAGAGUGCAUUUUCUGGGGGUCUCUCUGCAAAGGGAUUCAUGGGAGCAGGGGCAAUGUUGUUCACCUCACCCAAAAAAGAAGGGAGUGAAGACCCAGAUGCCUUUGAUCCGCAUUUCAAACCUAUUGUUGCCUUGGAAAAGAGAACAGAUUUGAAAACUGGUGAAGAAGGUUAUGUUGAUUUAUUUAAAAACAGGGCAAAGCUCUUCCGUUUUGACUCAGAGAUAAAGCAAUGGAAAGAACGUGGCGUUGGGGAAAUUAAACUCAGCCGUAACCUGGAAACUGAUUAUUGCCGUGUUUUGAUGCGUAGAGAUCUAGUGUUAAAACUCGCCGCGAACCAUCCAACCAUGCCUGAAAUUGAGCUGAAGCCUCAUGGUACUUCUGCAACUGCCUGGGUAUGGGUUUCGGGUGCUGACUAUGCAGAUGGAGAACCCAAGGUCGAGCAGUUUGCUGUUAAAUUCAAAACACAAGCAAUUGCAGACGAGUUUAAAGAGGUUUUCCAAGAAUGUCAAAAGACGAUAAAGCGGUAUCUCUCUGACAACAAACUGCUUGGCAGCAAUGAGGAACAAAAAGAAUUCGAGAAAACAGAGGAAAGCGACGUGAAGCAAAGCAAAGAACAAGCGAAGAUGCUUGAUAGGUCUAGCGUGUCGAGUAAAGAUGUCCACAGUAAUCAAGGCGAGACAUCGCCAAGUGGUGUAAAAAAAGAUCAACCAAAGGACGUAAAAGUAAGACUAUUGAGCAAGUUCAAGUUAGAGAACACGUGGGAAUGUCCCACUUGCAUGGUUCCAAACAAAAAUGCUGUUUCUAAAUGUGUGUCUUGUAGCACAGCAAACCCUAACGCACAACCUGACGCCAGGGUCUCAAAGCCACCUGUGUUUGGUCAACAACAAAUGUCUAGUGAGAAACCUGCUGGUACAAACAUAUGGGCAAAAUUCAAAACAACUGAAGGCUCGUGGGAAUGUCCCACUUGCAAGGUUCAAAACAAAAAUGCUGAUUCUAAAUGUGUGUCUUGUAGCACAGCAAACCCUAACGCACAACCUGACGCCAGGGUCUCAAAGCCACCUGUGUUUGGUCAACAACAAAGGUCUAGUGAGAAACCUGCUGGUACAAACAUAUGGGCAAAAUUCAAAACAACUGAAGGCUCGUGGGAAUGUCCCACUUGCAUGGUUCAAAACAAAAAUGCUGAUUCUAAAUGUGUGUCUUGUAGCACAGCAAACCCUAACGAACAACCUGACGCCAGGGUCUCAAAGCCACCUGUGUUUGGUCAACAACAAAUGUCUAGUGAGAAACCUGCUGGUACAAACAUAUGGGCAAAAUUCAAAACAACUGAAGGCUCGUGGGAAUGUCCCACUUGCACGGUUCAAAACAAAAAUGCUGAUUCUAAAUGUGUGUCUUGUAGCACAGCAAACCCUAACGCACAACCUGACGCCAGGGUCUCAAAGCCACCUGUGUUUGGUCAACAACAAAUGUCUAGUGAGAAACCUGCUGGUACAAACAUAUGGGCAAAAUUCAAAACAACUGAAGGCUCGUGGGAAUGUCCCACUUGCAUGGUUCCAAACAAAAAUGCUGAUUCUAAAUGUGUGUCUUGUAGUACAGCAAACCCUAGUGCAAAACUAGCCCCGUCUGGUUUUUCCAUUAGUGCAACUAACAGUUCUAGCAACCCUGAAGUUAAACCUGGCAUUUUCACAGCACCACCAUUUGGCCAAGUUAAAGGUCUUGCACCUUUUGGAAAUCAAGGCAGUCCCUUCUCAAACCCUGGAUUCAGUACCAGUGCAUCAGCCUUCCCGGCUCCGUCAUUUCAAAUGCCUUCAUUCAGGAUGCCAUCAUUUCAGGUUCCCUCUUCUACUACUGUCAAGGACCAAUGUGAUGAAAAAAGUAGCGCUAACGAGUCCUCGAACUCUGAUCAUUGGGAAUGUCCAACUUGCUCAGUUAGAAAUAGCUUGACAGCUAAAACGUGCGAGAGUUGUAAAACAGAAAAUCCUUCAACUCCAAAAGACAGCGUAUCUCCAACGAUAACGUUGAGACGCUCACCGCUUGAUUCAAAUAUCAAGGCUUUCUCUUCGUUUGCUCCAAAGCCAGGAAGCUGGGAAUGCUCUUCGUGUGCAGUUACUAACGAUGGAGACAAAACUAAAUGCGAAGCUUGUACAGUUUCCCGUACAGGAGCCACUUCGGCAUCGCCAAAACCAGCUACGCCUUGUGAAAGCCCACUUACUUCUAAGACUGAGCAGAAUAAACUUUUCAAAGAUUUCCGGCCCUUGUUCUCAACGCCAUCCGAUUUUGGAAAUGCCAUUGGACAGAACAGUACACCAGAGCGCAGUCUGUAUAUUACACCAAGUGAGCAGAGUUCAAGAGUGGAUAACACAGAGUUUUUCACGCCAACCGGGUCUUUCUUUUCCAAUGCUCAACCAAAGGACGGUCUUUUUUCUGCAAAAGCUGGCGGGAAGGACAUUUUUACAACCUCAGAUGACACUCCCAAGAACAGCUCCGCAUUAAAAGGAAACAGUGCCCCUCAGACUCCCGAAAGCCCAGUCAAAGAGGAUGACUCUAAUUUCCAUUGUAGCCCUGUUGUUAGUUUGAAGAGAGUGGAAAACGUAGAGACUGGGGAGGAGAGCGAAGUGAUAUUGUUUUCUGACAGAGCUAAGCUGUAUAGAUUUGACUCUGCAACAAAGCAAUGGAAAGAGAGGGGGGUUGGUCUGUUGAAAAUAUUAUGCAAAGAAGGCAUGGCAGGAAAGUGCCGUUUAAUAAUGAGAAGGGACCAGGUUCGGAAACUAUGUGCCAAUCAUGCUCUGAUCCCUGGAAUGUGUUUAAAAAUGAUGCCCAGCUCAGAUAAAAUGAGAAUAUGGACAACAACAGCGGACAUUGCUGACGGAGAGGUGAGGAGAGAGACAUUUGCGGUUCGUUUUAAGUCGCAUGACGUUUUGAUGGCCUUUGAGAAAGAGUUUGAUAAAGCAGUUGAAGCUUCAAGUAGAACAGAGACAGAAGGACCAACAAAAGUACAGACAGAGAAUGAAACGUCAGAGGCAAAGGAGAAAGAAGACGGGAAGGAGGAAAUUGAAAGGAAGAAGGACAUUGAAAAAGUAGAGGAUUUUGAUCUUAAAUUUACAAAGGAAGUUUUACCGUCCGAUGACGAUCAAAUCAAAGCCAAGAAACUGCUCCUGCCAAAGCCUUUUUACAAUGCACAGAUUGGCGAAGAGGAUAGCACAAAUUCCGAGAAAUUGGUGAAAGUCAAAGCUGGACCGCCGAAACCAAUGCUCUUUGAGACGUUUGCAACAUCAAAAGUAGAUGAAAUCGCAGCCAGAAGUGACGUCACGUCUGUGUCAGCUCCAGCCCCCUCUUCGCCCGAGAAGUUCCAAGAAGAUUGCUCAACCUCUUUCAGCCCAAUUGUUCGGCUAAAGAAAAUUGAAACUGAAACAGGGGAAGAGGGUGAGAUUGUCUUAUUUUCUGAACGUGCUAAGUUGUAUCGGUUUGACGGUGCUUUGCGAGAAUGGAAAGUACGUGGAGUUGGGAAUUUAAGGAUUCUGAAGAAUGAGGAAAAAGGCAUGACCAGAUUGAUAAUGCGACGGGAUCAUGUGAAAAAAAUUUGCUUAAACCACAGUGUUGUAGCUGGAAUGAACCUUGAACCUAUGGCAAACAGCAAAAACACCCUGGUGUGGUUUACGACCGCUGAUUUUUCAGACGGAACGCCUAAAGAAGAAAAAUUUGCAGCAAAAUUCCAAAGUGUAGAAGUAAUGAGCGAAUUCAAUCGAAUCUUUAAUGACGUAGCUGGUAUGUUGGAGGUCGGGGAGCGUAAGAUUGAGUACGAUAAGCCCAAGAAUGUCGAGACUCUGGGAAUGGCUAUUGCUGCAUCAUCUGAGAAUAGACCAGCAGGCAAGAUAAAUGAAGGAUCUGCUAUGAAGGAAACUGAAGCUUCCACUGUGCAAAAGCCGGUCGCUAAAAGCACAUUCAUGUGGCCUGUGUCUGGUGGACAGUCUUUGUUUUCAUUUGGGUCUGGAGCAAGUGAAGAAAGUUCUCAGGAACCUAGCGCAGACGUUGCGUUGGAAAAGCAGAGCACAAAGGAGUCUGAAAGUACACAGUUUAGCUGGCCAUUAAGUCUUGGUGGUAGCAGCACGCUGUUUUCUUUUGGACUUUCUGAUAAAUCAGCCAUUACAAGUGACGAAAACCGCAGCGAUGAAGCCGUCGCUACGCAAGUUGGAACUCCUGGAAAUGAGCAAAGCUCAGUGUCGUUUCCCUUUUUGAGUACCAAUUGGGAUUCUGGUAAAGGACCAUUCUCGUUCGCAUCUGCUUCUAAAGAAGCUGUGGAGGAGAUUCCGGUGACCUCAAAGGGCUUUGAAACUAAGUCAAGUUUUGGUAACUUUAAUUGGGGUGGACAAUCAGAUCAUCAAAAGGCUGAAACGGGGGUAAUUGAACUGGAAAAUGUGAAGCCAAGUCAUGUGGAACGCAAAACGGCACAGACCCCAGGAAGCCCUGAGCGACAACUUGCAGGUGAAGAUUGUAUGGGUGAAGUAAGGGCCCUCGUGUCAUUGACCAAGAUAGAAAGUUCUUCUGGUGAAGAGCAUGAGGAAGUGUUAUUUGAUGAAUGGGCAAAAGCAUACAGGUUUGAUAGUGAUGCAAGGGAGUGGAAGGAACGGGGCCGAGGUCACGUGAAGAUUUUGAUGAAUAAGAGAACAGAGCAGUGCAGGAUUCUCAUGAGAAGAGAUCAAGUCAUGAAGAUUGCAUUCAACCACGCCUUUGAUCGAAACAUGAAACUCGAAGCAAAUUCAUCUACUAAAAACAGCUGGAUUUGGUUUACACACGCAGACUUUGCUGACGAGGUUCCAAAAGCCGAGAAACUGGCCGUGCGAUUCCGUAAUGACGUCAUUUCACAGAAAUUUAAAGCUUGCUUUGACGAUGCAGUAAACAAGGCUAAAGAAGCUGGCGAAAGGUGUCCUGAAUCUGAGGCUUCGCAGAACGAUACCAAAGAUGCUGAGAAAGAGAUUGUCGAUAUUGAGGAGAGAAUUGUUAUGAAGGAUGAUGAUGAUGUUGUGGUGACAUAUGUGAAAGAGCCAACGGCGGGAGAGUUGAUGCGAGCAAAGGCACUACUUUUGCCACCAAUGUUCUUUGCGGCUCCACCUGAAGAAGAGAAUAGGAACCGUCAUGAAAGCUCAGCAGUGCAAGACACUGCAUCUAAGAGUUCAAGCACUGGAAAUGCAGAAAAAUUAUCGCAAGGUUUUGGUUUAUUCAGUGGCAGUGGAGUAUCCUUCUCAGAUUUAGUUGCCACCGGGGACAAUGCUUUUGCUGGCUUUCACGCAAGAACCAGUGGCCAGCAAGCAUUUAAAGGGCAAGGUACAGCUUUGUUUGCUGGCACUGAGAAAACAGAGCACGAGGACGGUGCUGAGGAUGCCCAAGGGUUAGCUGAUUUCAAGCCAAUUGUUUCUUUGGAAAUGAAAGAAACAAAGACAGGCGAAGAGGAAGAAGAGGCCAUCUUUGCUGAAAGAUGUAAAUUGUACCGGCUCGAUCGUGAUUUGAAUCAGUGGAAGGAAAGAGGUGUAGGUGAUCUGAAAAUUCUCGUCAAGAAAAACGACAAUAAGUCCAGAAUUGUCAUGCGUCGGGAUGUUGUUUUCAAACUGGGUGCCAAUCAUUUCAUCCAGCCUGGCAUGACGCCAUCUCCAAAGCAAGGUGUGGAGACCACGUGGACUUGGAAGACAAUUGCUGAUAUCGCUGAUGGUGAGCCCAAAGAUGAGACAUUUACGGCAAAGUUCAAGUCUGCAGAAGUAGGCCGCAGGUUCGCAAAUGCUGUUCAGCAAUGUCUUGAGAAGCUAGAAAUGUCGAGUGAUGACAAUUUUGAAAAGCAGACAAGUCCAAAACCGGACGGAAACGAUGUCACCACCGACCAAACAGAAGAUUCAAACCAAUCCGGUGAUACGUCUUUGAAUGUUUCUAAUGCUGUUUCAGGAAAGGAAACAGCAGACCUCGGCCCUAAAGAAGACCAAAUUGGCACGCAGAAUACAUUUGGAGGUGGAUUUUCCGGACUAGAUUUUUCCACGUUGGCUAGCAACAAGGACAGCGGAUUCAAAAAAGAAGACCAAGGUUGGUUUGCGAAUGCUGGUGCGAAGUUAUUUGAUGGGACCAAAACUAAUACAAGUCAAACUGAAGAAGAGCAUGAUGCUCAUUUUGAACCAAUCGUGCAACUUAAACAAGUAGAAGUGAAAUCAGGGGAAGAAGAUGAAACAAUUUUGUUUGAAGAACGUGUCAAAAUGUAUCGAUUUAAUCAUGAGACGAAUCAAUGGAAAGAGCGAGGAACUGGCAAACUGAAAAUAUUAAGAAAUGAAGCAACAGGAAAAGCGAGGUUGUUGAUGAGAAGAGAUGUUGUUUUGAAGAUAGGGGCAAAUCACGCACUGACUGAAGGAAUGAAGUUGGAUGAGAUGAAGAUGGCACCGCGAAGCCUCAUGUGGAAGACUACAGGGGAUACGUCAGACGGACCACCUGCUGAGGCGCUUCUUGCUGCGAGAUUCAGGACAGAUGAAAUCCUGGUUGAGUUUAGGCGCAUUUUUGAGGCAAUCUGCGAUGGAGAGGAGAUUGUUGCAGAAAGGUAUGUUACUGAAGGAGGCACUAGAGACGCAGAGUCGCAGCAUACCGUUGGGUCCUGCAGUCCUGCUAUAAGCCAGGCUUUACAUGAUUUUUUGGAUAAGAAGUAGUAGUUAUUAGUUAGUUUAGUUUGGUGUGUUUUGUUUAUAAACAAGGUCGUCAUCUAAAUGCUCGGUACAAUUAGUGAUGAAUUUCAGACAAUCCCACUUUGUGUUUUGCUGUCAUCCAAAAUCGUAAUUGCCAAAGAUUCACAUCAUCAAUGGUUGAAUUUGUGGUUUAUAUAUUUUGCAUAAAUUCCAUAUAACGUUCGGCUGUACAAGGUUACAGAGUAAUCGAUAAUCCAAUCUAAUAUUUACCCCUUUAUAUUUAGUCCACAGAAUGGAUUCAACCAAUGAAUCGCUAUUAUUUUCAGUCCGCAAGGUAACUGAUCUGAAACACACAUUGUCUUCAGCUUCAAUACCUUCGCCUGUGUCACUGAUUAUUUCUCAAGCUCUAAGAAACAGCAUAUCUGCCUUAAUGAUAGGCCGUGUUCUUGCUUAGCAAAAUCUAACGUGUUGCUAAGCUUCUAAUAUUCAAUUUGAUACGUUGCAGGAUGUGUUUAACCAAUCAAAAGGUUUAAUUACUCCAUUGGAUUAGUCUUUCACAGAGGUGAUAUUAAGAUAAUUUUGUCGCGUAUAAAAAGUAGACGUGGUUGCUUGUGUUAAUUUGUAUUGAGCGGUUUAUGUAAUAAUUAUCAAACUUAUAACAGAUAGCAGUCUUAUAUCAGCCAGAGUCCUUGCUUCUCGUUACUUUUCUGCAACCGUUCUUUCGAAGUGUCCUGAAGAUUUUCUUGUCCAACUAAAGAAAUUUUUUUUAAAUAAACGAAUACAGCAAAAUCCGCAUAAAAGAACUACCAAAACCUUUGUCCUAAAAAUGCACGGUUUUGUUCACUUAAAUAAGAAUACAACUGACCCUAAAAUAUUUGUAGGUUCUUAUAUAGAGGUUUCUAAACUUUGAAUUUAUAAAUUAGCCAAAUAAGCUGGAGUCUUCUCUCAAGACAUAUACACAAUUAUUCUAUCCUUACUGGACAGAAAUCAAAUAGAGAAAAUGAGUAUAUUAUAGAGUAAACAGAAGAGGUUAUCACAAAACUUAAAAAAAUAUCAUCAGUAAUCAAACAUGUAAGCACCAUUAUAACUGAUAUUCCUUUGGCUACUCAUCGUGUUUUCUGGUCUCUAUGUCGAGCAGUGCACUCUAAAAUAUCCGCUUUGAAUAUGACCAAACCAUACUAGGAGUAGAAGCAUUCAAAUCGGCUUCAUAAAAAUCCGUAAAAGUUUCAACUGGAAGGCACAUUUUCCGAGGAGGAUAGAUUUAAUUUUUAUUUCAGUUAAUUUUAAUAUACUGGAUUGGAGCUUUUCUGAUUUUUCUUAUUUGCUUAUUGGUGUUACGAAGCACGCGAUGCGUGUCACGAAAUGAAUCUCCCCCAUCAUUAUAGAUCAGCUUAGAUUCCAUUUUUGCUUUCAUUUUCGUAAAAAAGCCUAGCAGAAAUUCAUUCAGUUCAUAAUUUCUUGUCUCUUUCACAAAUCAAAACUUCGGUCUUAAAAUGUAAAACACUUCUUUUUCGCGCGGUCAUGCAACAACACGUGACCAGUUCCUUAGCUUCAGCCACCGCAGCGAAAGCCUUCAAUACAGAAAGUUUUGCUAAAACGAUUUUCUAAUUUUGAACUCAAAUCAGAUACUUCAUUCUUCAAACAUAGCAAGGAAACCAGGUACUUUGGUUUGCUUUUCAGUAUUUGUUUGUUUUCACUGCCUUCGUGAUGAUUAAAGAGUUUUUCCAAAGCUUUAUUCAUUUAUUUCUGCUUUGUGCUUGUUUUGUGCGUAGAAAACCUAUAUCUUUAGAAAUCACGCUACUCGCGUCAACGGAAACCUUAACUUUGAUUGCGACCCAGCGUUCAUCAUUCAUAUAUCCGACACGAUAUUGAUUAUACGUCAAGCAACUACCAAACUUUCUUUAGAUUGCAUUCAAAUUUUCCUCAAUACAUUUUUUGUAAACAGCUGGUCAUAGAUUUGUUUUUAUCGUUUUCGUCCUGUUUGUAUCUUCGUGUUAUGAUAUGGCCGUCGUUUUGUAAAGCAAUGUAUUUCAAUUAAAUCGCCUCAGUGCCCCAUUAUACCUCAGUUUUACGUCAUGUUAUCUUAUUCCAAAGGGCGUUAGAACGAAUAAACUUUCGCGAUGUUUAUUUUAUUGUCCAGAUGAUGUUUGUAAUUAUUGCCUUCCAAACGUCACACUCUUUUAUGAACUAUAGGUUUUUUCUGUAUUUGAAAUCAAUGUCCAUGCUUUUCCCUGACAAUGGCGAACAAAAGCCCGCUUCAGUUUCAUUAAUACUUCUACUUAUUUUUUUAGAAAUCUAAAUAUAACGUAGAAUUGAUGGACAGAGAAAUCGAUGAGCAGCUGAAGCAAGGCGUUUCUUUGCAAACUUCAUGAAGCAAAUCCUUUAUGAACAAUAGCCCUAUACUCGAUUAGCGCUGUACUUAUCAAUCGUACCAUGGCUGACCUUCAGUAAAGUUAAAAGGCCAUAGGGGGUGAACAAAGAAUAAAAUGGCAACUGUUCAAAAAGACCUCUUACGAGAAACUCAAUCCUCGUUCACUAGCAACUGUUUAGAAAAUACUCCUAAUUAAGUUUUUCAGAUUUAAGAAUUUGGUUGCUGAAAUCGCAGUGAAAUCAUUUUUGAUAGCAAUUCUAAUGUAAUGGGUUCUCAAUAUUUCCUAGAGACUAUACUCUUUCAGUGGUCAGUAGUCUUUGAUUUUCUAGAAAAAAUCAAUCAGAAUUUAAUCGGUUUUUCCCGAGUCAUGUCAUUUUCAUGCAGAAGAUGGUAUUUUUAGAAUGGGCCUUUUGAGUUGUCUUAAUAAAUGAAUGUUCGUACUUUCCGAUUGGGGAUAGUCUAGACUAUAUUUGAGCACUCUAAGCCUAAUUUCUGUUAGUUUUUUGCAACCCUUAAGGUUCAAAUGGGUAAGGUCUCAAAAGGAUUUGGCAUGUAACUCAAUGUUGCAACUAAGAAUCGUCCUGUUUUUCAUACAAUGGCAUAUGCGUAAUAAUGAAUUAUAAUUGCUCGAGAGCCUGUUGCAGAAAUUACCAACUUGGAAGUGCUUUUUAUCUGCAGACUCAUUUCAAGUAAGUUCAUGUUCUUCAAAGUAUCGUUUUUCCGCUUGAAAUUAUUUGUUAAGCACAAUUCAUCUGCAAAUUUCAAACCUCUCGUGUUCUUUCCCUUUUCGUGCUUAAAGGGGAAGAACUGAAACCUGUUUUUAAUUAAAUUUUCUCGAUGUUUUCCAUUUUAACCACUUUAAUGAUUAUAAUGUCUCAGCAGUACAACCUACCCUGGAACUUUCCGAGUAGGUUGUUUUUCUGACAAAGCGGACGAAAGAAAGAAACUGGAGGAAAUGAACUGGAAGAAAGGAAGGGACCGAGGGAAGGAAGAAGCCGGCAGAAAAAAAUGAACUGGAAAAAAGAAGAAAGC